UUCCCGUCCUCCACCUUGAGGGUGGGCCAGCAUCCCAGGACACCAUGUCAGACUCUGAAGAGGAGAGCCAGGACCGGCAACUGAAAAUCGUCGUGCUGGGGGACGGCACCUCCGGGAAGACCUCCUUAGCUACGUGUUUUACUCCAGAGACUUUUGGAAAACAGUACAAGCAGACUAUAGGACUGGAUUUCUUUUUGAGAAGGAUUACUUUACCAGGAAAUUUGAAUGUUACUCUUCAAGUUUGGGAUAUAGGAGGGCAGACAAUAGGUGGCAAGAUGUUGGAUAAAUACAUCUAUGGAGCACAGGGAAUCCUCUUGGUAUAUGACAUUACAAAUUACCAGAUCUUUGAGAAUUUAGAAGAUUGGUAUUCUGUGGUCAAGACAGUGAGUGAAGAGUCGGAAACUCAGCCCUUGGUUGCUUUAGUGGGCAAUAAAAUUGACUUGGAGCAUAUGCGAACAGUAAAACCUGAUAAACACUUACGAUUUUGCCAGGAAAAUGGUUUUAGUAGUCACUUCGUUUCAGCCAAGACUGGAAACUCUGUCUUCCUGUGUUUUCAGAAAGUUGCGGCAGAAAUCCUGGGAAUCAAAUUAAACAAAGCAGAGAUAGAACAGUCACAGCAUAUUAGAGUGGUGAAGGCAGAUAUUGUAAACUACAACCAAGAGCCCAUGUCAAGAACUGUUAACCCACCUCGGAGCUCCAUGUGUGCAGUUCAGUGAGCACACACCAUAUUGAUAGCCCUGGCCCUGAAUUGGACCCAGGCUGUCUAGGAACGUGUUUUGUCAGUGAUCAUCUCUGUAGUCAGUUCACACUUUCCUCCUGCUCAGUUCCUUCAUCCUUGGUAGCUCCCUGACUGGAAGGAACUCAGCUUCCGGACCAUGCAUUUUGAAAUCUGAAUGGAGAGUCCAUUCUGUGGACUGAGACCGCCUCCUUGCUCUAGAAGAACCAUGUUGCUUCUUUAUGUCCUCACUUCUUUUUUCUCAGAUAUACCAAAA